AUGUCCUUAAAUUUUCCAAGCCCCGCGGUGCCCGCGGGGUGGGCAGGGGGGGUACCGAGACAAGGGAAGAACCCCCCCGGCACGACCGAGCGCAUCUGGGACAAAGGGCACGACCGAGAGCCUCCCCCUUUUGCGGGUCGUGUGGGCCCGUCAAAAUUUUGGCUCUUUCUAGCUACCCUUGGACUGGGUUCAAACCCCCUUUGGGUCGUCCCCAAGUUUCAAACCCGGAUCCAAAAACCGGUCAUAGAGGGCCCGAAAACCUUUUCCCUUGGUGGUGGUUUGGGGAAGGGUAACCCCUUCGCUUGGUUGAAAGCCCCCUUGCGUGGGGUCCCCGGGAGUGAUAUCCUGAGUCCCUCCUCUACCUGGAGUACUGAAAGGCCCCCUAGUAAGCUAAAAGGGGGUGACGCGACUGUCCUUAAAUUUUCCCCAAGAAAGCGAGUGCCCCCCGGGGGAGUGUAUCCUAGUCCCCCCUCUACCCGGGGUACUGGGAAAGGACCCCCCAUAAAACCUAAUAGGGGUGACGCUGACUGUCCUUAUUGUCCCAAGCCCGCGAUGCCCGCGGGGAGAAGCCCCUUGCGUGGGUCCCAGGGGGUGUAUCCUGAGUCCCCCCUCUACCUGGAGAUGGAAGGACCCCCUAGUAAGCCUAAAAAGGGAGACGCUGACUGUCCUUAA